CCCCCCCAAGCCCGGAUGCCGGCGCCUGGCCAGGGCCCCCGCCGGCCGCCGCUGACCAUGCCCGGGCUCCGGGGGGCGCUGCACGAGCCGACGGGCUGCGGCUCCUGCCUCGGGGCGGCGCUGGCCCUGCUGCUGCUGCUGCUGCCCGCCGGCUGCCCGGUGCGGGCACAGAACGACACGGAGCCCAUCGUGCUGGAGGGCAAGUGCCUGGUGGUGUGCGACUCCAGCCCAUCGGCGGACGGUGCUGUCACCUCCUCGCUUGGCAUCUCCGUGCGCUCUGGCAGCGCCAAAGUGGCCUUCUCCGCCACACGGAGCACCAACCACGAGCCGUCGGAGAUGAGCAACCGCACCAUGACCAUUUACUUCGACCAGGUGUUAGUAAAUAUUGGCAACCAUUUCGAUCUUGCCUCCAGUAUAUUUGUAGCUCCGAGAAAAGGGAUUUAUAGCUUCAGCUUCCACGUGGUCAAAGUGUACAACAGACAGACCAUCCAGGUCAGUUUAAUGCAGAAUGGCUAUCCAGUGAUCUCAGCAUUCGCAGGAGACCAGGACGUGACCAGAGAAGCAGCCAGCAAUGGGGUCCUGCUGCUGAUGGAGAGGGAGGACAAGGUGCACCUCAAACUGGAGCGGGGCAACCUCAUGGGAGGCUGGAAGUACUCCACCUUCUCCGGCUUCUUGGUGUUUCCUCUAUAAACGCCCCCCGAGCCUGGGGUGGCGGGGAAGUUGUCAUCUGG